GCCCCGGGGUGCGGUUACAGACUACCGCUCUUUGGUCACCUGGGCUUCUAGUUCCAGUUCGAUUCCUUCUGCUGAGCUUUGCCGAAGGAAUCUUAUUAAUGGACGCGUGAAUCGUGCGACAUUUAAUUAACCAGGUGAUGGCAGCCAUCGAGAUAUUGGCCUUAAUAAGAAGCCAGGAGUUCGCACGAUUUCCCCCGCCUUCAUCUUAGGAAAGUGAUCAGGAUCUGAACCAAUGAUGCUGGGUUCACCCACAUCUCCAAAGCCAGGGGUUAAUGCCCAGUUCCUACCUGGAUUUUUAAUGGGGGAUUUGCCAGCUCCAGUGACUCCACAACCUCGAACAAUUAGUGGCCCUUCAGUAGGAGUAAUGGAAAUGAGAUCACCUUUGCUUGCAGGUGGGUCACCACCACAACCAGUUGUACCAGCUCAUAAAGACAAAAGCGGAGCUCCACCAGUUAGAAGUAUAUAUGAUGACAUUUCCAGUCCAGGACUUGGAUCAACACCUUUAACUUCAAGAAGACAGCCAAACAUGUCAUUAAUGCAGAGUCCUCUUGUUGGAGUUACGACAACUACUCCUGGGAUAGGGCAAAGUAUGUUUAGUCCAGCAAACAUUGGACAACCACGAAAGACAACGUUAUCUCCUGCCCAGUUGGAUCCUUUUUAUACUCAAGGAGAUUCUCUGACUUCUGAAGAUCACCUCGAUGACACAUGGGUGACUGUGUUUGGGUUUCCUCAAGCAUCUGCUUCCUAUAUAUUAUUACAAUUUGCACAAUAUGGGAAUAUCUUAAAACAUGUGAUGUCUAACACAGGAAAUUGGAUGCAUAUUCGUUAUCAAUCUAAACUGCAGGCUCGGAAGGCCUUAAGCAAAGAUGGGAGGAUUUUUGGAGAGUCCAUCAUGAUUGGUGUAAAACCAUGUAUAGAUAAAAGUGUUAUGGAAAACAGUGACAGGUGUGCUUUGUCAUCCUCACCUCUGGCCUUUACACCACCAAUCAAAACCCUAGGUACACCAACCCAAUCUGGAAGUACUCCUAGGAUUUCUACCAUGAGACCUCUUGCUACAGCAUACAAAGCUUCUACUAGUGACUAUCAGGUCAUUUCUGACAGACAAACGCCGAAAAAAGAUGAAAGUCUUGUAUCCAAAGCAAUGGAGUACAUGUUCGGCUGGUAGUGUAAUAACAGCUAAGAACUGAACUACAAAGGAGGAGGCUGCUACACUAAAACAGUUAGCAGAGUACUGCCAGGUUUCCUUGGGUUAAUUAUAUAACCACUCUCGGCAGUAUUGGAUAGCUAUCUUAUACUUUCUUUAGAAGCCUUUUUCUUUAAGGAUACAACAUAUUUGUAGCUCGCACUUUAAAAGAUGAUUGAGAUAUGUUUUAAAGAAACAAAAACUCCCUGUAAACAGGAUUUUGUGCUUUCUGUAGUAGUGCAUGCUUAAGCACAAAAAAACUCAGCAUUGAUUACUAUAAAGUAUAUAAUUGAGUUUGAGAUGAAGCUUUGUAGUCUUCUUGAGUUGGUAAGGAGAAUUUCAUGAAGGGUAACUGUACAGCUGCUUCUAACAAAACACAGUUUAUAAUUAACAAUUUGAAUUAUGGCCUUUUAAUUUAGAUAGUAUUUAAUAUUUUAAUUAUCCUUGUUUUUAUAUGUCCUAUCAUGGACUGUCAUCUUUCAGUAUUCUUAAAAAGCCAGAACAGUCUUUUUAAAAACCUACUAAAGUUCUUGAUAAUAAACUUAUAUGUAUUGAA